GUCAUUCGUGUGAGAGCGAACGGAUCGCGGAGCGAGAUUGUUUUCUUCACACAGAAGUCGAUGUGGAGCUGCAUAGCAGCAGUGGAAGCGUGAAACUUCAAAGCCACUCCAUUCCCAAGCUCAAUAAAACUAAAAGCCUGGCGAGACUGCCCCAGCCUGGACAGUCAGUUUUCGUUCUCCGACGCAGAGUUAGUCUAGGUCAGUGUGCUGCUUGUAGCGAUCGCGUCGUGGACAACAACACCCGGGACUCGCUGUUCACAGUAAUAGCGACAUAUUCAAUACAGUCUUGCCGUCGGGUCAAACAGGAGUGCGUUUUGAAUAAGAAAAUUUAUAGCCAUAGUUCGAAUGCUGAGGAACUUGUCAAGACGUUUAGUGAUAGUAGUGACUGGCGUAGUAGAUUAGAACCCUAAUGGCCUAAGUGUUGAGUGGACGGAUCGCCAUAAGCGCUGGAACCGGUGUUGACCGAUAGUUGUCUUUGCGGCUGCUAUUUACAUGGUUUUUGACGGACUUGGUGGGAGAGCAAGAGCUGGGGCAAAGGAGCUUUGUUACUCUCGCACUGUAGACUGUAGUCCAGACAGACACGUCGGACACUGUCUUGCCGUGUUUGCAUGUACGUGACGAUAUCGCUACCCUGAUACUGCACGGGCCAGUGACUUGACCUGCUCCGCGUGGCGUGUCUAGCUCCUCGGCCAGUCCCUGGUUCUCACCGUUCUCUCAGCGGCUGUAUGCUCUGGUUCGAUCCCUGGUUGCGGAGAGAGACAGCUGCUGGACUGACGCAGUUGCAAAAGUUUAUCAUCUGCUGCGGUUGCAGCGACACCAGCACGCCGUUGCCAGUUAUUGGAUAUAUUUAUCCGUUUUGGUCCGCGAAUCCAAAUAAAAUCAUCAACGACAACAACAGUACCGGACGUGUGUGAUCUCAGCCUAUGUAUGAUCAUAGCGUGCCGUGAGCAGCCAGGGUACGUAGCCAGAGUGAGUAGCCAGGGUGCAUAGCCUGGGUGAGUAGCCAGGGCGAAUAGCCAGGGUGCGUAGCCAGGGUUCGUAGCCAGGGUGAGCAGCCAGGGCGAGUAUGGCAGAGGCCGGUGAAGACUCGGGACGUCGUGGAGGUGGCGGCGGUGGUGGAGAUGCUCCCGUGGCUGGCUCGCUGUUUAUACCGGUUAUGAUGAUGGAAGACUUACUGGACAAGUUGAAGCUGCUGAAUUAUGAACAUGAAUUCUGCGCGCAGAAUGAGAUUCGGCCAUUCCCCAGGCAUCAUUUUGCGUUGGCGGGAGACACGAGUCAGCAAUUCUUUCACUUUGCGUCGCUGGUGUCGUGGCUACUGUCCUUGCAGGGCAAGAAGAUGGAGAAAAUGCAGGAGUACGAUGACCCGAACGCCGUCGUUUCCACGGUGAUAACAAACCUCAAGGCGGCGGGAGUACCGGCUAACUUCCCGCCGAGUCGCUUGAAGCAAGGACACGGAGAGAGUGUCCUGCAG